AUCGUGGGCAGCUGAUGCUGGCCCAUCCUGGUCGGCGCGAUCUUCGGGGUCGCCGCCGGCCAGGUCCCCGGAGGCCUCGUGGCCAUGUUCCACGGCAUCCAGGUCGCCAUCAUGCUCGCGCUGAUGACGAACAUCAUCCAGUUCGCCUACUGGAAGCAGCGGGGCAAGUCCCAGAAGCCCAUUUAUCUUCUGUGCCUCGCGACGCUGCUGGUCAUGGUCCAGCCGACGUCGAUGCUCGUCAUCGGGUCCUACCACGACGCGGCGCUGGCCACGGGCGGUUUGUGCAUCUCCCAGAUUUCGCCCGUGACCUACCCCGUGACGAACACGAGCGUCUGGCGCGACUGCGUGUCGGAGCCGCCCUUUGGCAAUUUCUUCUUCGACGGCGACGACGACCCGAACGCGCUCACGCCCAACACGUCCGAUCGGCUGGUGCAUCCAGAUCUUCGGCACCUACGGCGGCUUCCUGCUCAUGUUCGUCGCCGUCUUCGAGGUCACGCAGCUCGGCAAGAAGCUCAAGAAGCGCUGGGUCGCCAUCCGCGAAGCCGCGGCCUAGGGCCGAUCCCGGCCAUCUCCGCGGCGCCGCCCCCGGUUGUUCGUCGCCGCGCGCGCCUCGUCGGCGGCGCGGGCCCACGUCCA